AUGCCUCAAUUAGGACGAUGUACUGAUGAGACAUGUACCAAUGAAACAAAACAAUUGUACGAAUGUCACUGUUGUAUUCGUUUCAUUUGUCUACCUCAUUUGAUCGAACACGAUGAAAAAGCAACAGUUAACAAACAACAAUUACAAACAUGUAUCAUUCAAUUGACAUCUGUCUUAUCUACAUUCGAAAUGAUAAUCGAAGAACAUAUGCGUGUAAUUGAACAACAUAAAACACUAUUGGAAAAAGGAAAGGCUGCACUUGCAACUGCAUCUUCUGCUAAUGAAAUGCAGAAUAUUCUUGAUCAAGUACAAACAACUAUUGCAGCAAAUCAAAAUAAUGAAGUGAUAGUUAAAGUAGAAUCAGCACUAAUGGAAAACUAUUCAGUUGUCGCUAAGAAUAAUUCAUGUCAAUAUUUAUCAAUUGAUUCAACGUGUGAAAAUUGUGAAAAAACAUUUUUAGAUGAGUCGACGCAGUGUAAUGCUCAACAAGAAUUACAUCGACCAAUAAAUAAUACAAAGGAUGAAACCAACGAUGAAAUGAAACACAUACCAAACUCAACGGUAAUUAAUUAUCGUGGAUUAUGUCCAUUGACAUUUGAUGGAGCAUUUGGUCUAACCAAAGCAAAACAUUUAAUUCGUCUAUGCAACAGUCAAACGAUUAGCCAAAGGAUAUUGUAUUCUCAUUUUGUACAUAUACAUUCUAUUGAAGCUAAUUAUGCUAAACGUUUAAUCAAGGCUAUUCAACAAGGUCAAGAUCCAAAGAUAACAAAAUUGUUUAGUGAUGAUGAAGACAUUUUCAAUAAAAAUGAUAAAUUGGUAUGCCCAUUCUAUGAUAGUACAACGAAUCCAUUCCGAUGUCAUCCGAAGCAAAUACCAAAUAUACCGUGUUAUUUUCGGUGGACGAAUUUCCAAUACUUCAUUUCACAUCUGAUAACAGCACAUCAUCUUACUAAGACUGCGAUUAAAAAAAUAGUUGAUGGUUACAAAUCAGAUCCAACGACGAUCAUAUUCGGCAAGGAUGAAAAAAUUGUGCAAAAACACUAUCUCAAAACAUAA